AUGUCAUCCAACAACCAAACGAGUUUCAAUCCGUCAUUGUCAAAGAUGGAUCUUACACCACCUCUCACUCCAUCAAAUGUAAAAGGAAGAAUAGACACGUCUUCUCCGAGUACUCCAUCCCAACCCUAUUCCAUUUCUUCUUCGACUAGUACAAGUAAAAAAGUAAAUCAAUUCAUUCAAUUAUCACAUCAACAACACGAUGAUGAAUCACUUUCAACAUGUCUUCAAUAUUUAGAUCAAUUAUUUAAACAACACAAUGAGAGUGCCACCACUCAACCCUUUUCUUCAAUUGUAUCAUCCUUUUCAUCCAUGAAUCAACAUUCUCAAACACAACUCAAGAGUUAUUUAUUACUUCAAAAUUUACAUUCUCAUAAAAAGUAUAUUUUAGAAUCAUUUGAACAAAUUCAAAAUCAAUUAAAUGAAAUUGAUUCACAAAUACAAGUCAUUCAGACUCAUACAAAGAAUAUUGAGAAUUAUUUAUCGAAUGGUCCUACGUUGAUCAUGUUGGAUUCAAUGAUGAAUGAUAGGACUUUUAUUAGUACUUCUACCAACACGACUACUCCUACUACUAUGACUACUACCAUCAAUACGACCCUUACCAACACGACUACUCCUCCUACUAUGACUCCAACGAUUACUACUCCUAUGACUACUCCUACUACUAUGACUACUACCAUCAAUAUGACCCAUACGACCCAUACCAACACAACUCCUUGUUCAUCUACAUGUCAAAUUUCUGACUAUACCAAACAAAUGAAUUCAUUCUAUCAUGAAUACAUUUCCAAUCUCUAUAGACAAUAUCAAUUAAAUGUAUUCAUUUCUAAAUUUAUAUUUCCAGAAGAAGAAAAACAAUUAUUAUUACAUGGUAAAAUUAGAGGACAAGAAUAUUUUACUACUCUCAAGAAAUUAGAUGACAUGCAUUCCACAUGUUCGAAUCAUUUUGUGAAAUCAUCCAAUUAUCAACGAAUUAUUUUUGAAAUUAUGGAAGAAUUACAAAUGAUUCGAACCAGUGCAUUGGAGAGAAUUACAAGAUGGAUUGAAGAUGAAUGUAAAGCAUUAUCAAAUGAUUCUGAAAUUGAUUCUGAAUAUGAAUUGAAACAAGCGAUUAAUAUUUUAUUUGACAAGACUAUAUUCUUACCUUUGUGUUUGAAACAAUUAAUUGUAUCGAGAAGUGAAUUUGUAAAGAAUCAAUUUUUUAGUGCCUUGACCAUGAAAAAGAUGUCGAGUAGUAGUAGUAUUGGUAUUACUAGUACUGGUACUGGAACUGGUAUUACUAAGGGACAACUGUCAAGUCGUAUUUCUAGUACUACUGGUACUACUACCACCACUGGUACUACUGGUACUGUUACCACUGGUACUAUUGGUAGUAGUAAUAAUACAUAUUCACCUGUAACAAUUUCACUCUCAUCCAAUCCAAUUGAAAUGUUAGCUCAUGAUCCAUUGAGAUAUAUUGCUGAUAUCUUGGCAUGGAUUCACAAAUCAGCAGUCAUGGAAAAGGAAUUGAUUCAAAAUUUAUUAUCAGUGUAUGAUCAUACCUCUCAUAAUGGUCAGACUACUACUAGUAGUAGUGAUUCUUCUGUCAAUACUAUUCCAUCUCAUCAUACUUCAAAUUAUGCUACUAUUGCCAAUAAUAAUAAUACUACUGCUACUACUAGCACUACUACUACUUUAAAUACUUCCACUCCUCUCAAUACUCUUUCCAAUCCAACAUCAUAUCAAGUAUAUCCACGUGAACCAUUGUUAUUCAAAAUAUUGAAUGAUAUUUUUGAUGAUUUGAAAGGACAAUUACAAAUGAGAGUAGAACAAAUUAUUAACAAGAAUCCAACAGAUUCUCUCAUACAUACUUCAUCUUUAAAACAAGAUAUUGAUGAAGAAUAUACAAUUGUAUAUUUCAAAUUAGCUCAUUUGUUAGAAUUAUAUUCAUGUCUAUUUGUUAAAGUGAUGGGUGAUCAUUGUAAACUAUCAGUGUGUUUGAAUGAUUUGAAAGAAAAGUGUAUGGAUAAAUUCUUUAUUAAUAUUAAGAGAGAUUUAAAUCGAUUGAUUCAAAAACCUCCUGAAAUUACUUUGAAUUUAAAUCCUCCUGAAGAAGUGAAAGAAGUUUUAAAUAAUUUGACUGAAAUUAUGAAUACCUAUUCCGAGUCAGUAAUGGUUCCAGAGAAUCGACGCGAAGAAGAUUUUCAAAAUGUUAUCUCUGCAUUUAUUGAUCCACUCUUAGAAUUAUAUAAUAAUUAUUAUGUAAAUGUUAAAUUGAAAGAAACUGAUCCAAUAUUGAAAUCUGAUUAUUACGUAUUUAUCAUUAAUGGAUACUAUGCUAUAUUACAAGCAUUGGGUGGAGUUGAGAGUACAAGUCUGUCUAAAAUUGGUACCACGAAUGUUGAUGUUUCUACAACAAGUGUGACUCGCUCAAAAACUGAAUUAAUCUCAACUGAAAUGGAGAAACAAUUAGAGAUAUUUACUCACUAUCAAUCAAAAUUAAUUCUUGAAAAUAGUGGACUUCAACACAAAUUGAACAUUCUUCACAGUGAUGAACAUUCAAAACCAUUCAUUCCACUCUCCAAGUGCCAAGAUAUGGACGAGCAAUCUCUCAAAGCAUUCUUUCAAAAUUUCUACACUCAAUUAUUUUCUUUAGGAAGUUUGGCAUUGACUCAGAAACAAUCCUGUGAGAGAUUAUUGAGUCCAAGAUUAAAGACGUACACCAAGGGUAGAAUUGCAUUAGAUGUUUGUAAUGGAUACAAACAAUUGUAUCAUGCCAUCAUGGAUGAAAAGAAUUUGUAUGAAAAUCCAAAAGAGAUUGUCUAUCAUGAUCCAGAACAAGUGAAAGUAUUACUUGAUUUUUAA